AUGCCAUCAUCCUCUAUUCUCUUCACUUUUCUUGCACUAUCACUCACAAUUCUUUGUUCUAAUGCUCAGGGUCCACCUUCACCUGGCUACUACCCUAGCUCCAAAAUUAGUCCAAUCACCUUUAGUCAAGGCUUUAGAAACCUUUGGGGACCUCAACAUCAAAGAUUGGACCAAAACUCAUUAACAAUAUGGCUUGACUCCAACUCAGGUAGUGGAUUCAAGUCACUUCACUCCUAUAAAUCCGGAUACUUUGGUGCUGCAAUUAAGCUUCAACCUGGAUACACAGCCGGAGUUAUUACUUGUCUAUAUCUAUCAAAUAAUCAAGAUCAUCCAGGAAACCAUGACGAAAUUGACAUUGAGUUUCUUGGCACAACACCAGGUAAGCCAUAUGUGUUACAAACAAAUGUAUAUAUGAGAGGAAGUGGAGAUGGGAACAUUAUAGGAAGAGAGAUGCAGUUUCAUCUUUGGUUUGACCCAACUCAAAAUUUUCACAACUAUGCUAUUCUAUGGAAACCCAAUGAAAUAAUAUUUUUAGUGGAUGAUGUUCCUAUAAGAAGAUAUCCUAGGAAAAUUGAUGCCACCUACCCUUCAAGACCAAUGUAUUUGUACGGAUCAAUUUGGGAUGCAUCUACUUGGGCAACUGAAGGUGGAAAAUACAAAGCAGAUUAUAAAUUCCAACCCUUUGUUGGAAGAUACACUAACUUCAAAUUACAAGGUUGUACCAUUGAAAGCCCUGCCUCAUGUCAAUCACCCUCUGUCUCUGCUGGGUAUGGUAGCCUUAGCCCUCAACAAUAUAGGGCAAUGCAAUGGGUCCAAAACAAUUACAUGAUCUAUAAUUAUUGUCAUGAUCCUAGAAGAAACCACAAUCUUAUCCCAGAGUGUUAA